UCACCUAAUUUUCUUCUCACUGAAACCCAGUCUGGAUGAUUAGUUAAGGAAUCAUAUUUGAUAUCAUCAACAAGAUACAUACAGUACAUGAUGAUGUAUUUCAUUAAACAUCAUUCUUAUUUCUUUUUGGGAUUAUAAUUCUAAUCACUGUUGUUGUUCUCCACAGUUUCAAGUGUCCUUGAACAGAGUUUCAUUUCCACUGUAGAAUCUUGAUUUGCACCAUGAUAAGUGCGCUGACCUUUGCUGUUGCCAACCAUUCCCCAAAGGGCAGGGAGUCCCAGCUCUCCGUGACAGUGGACGACUUUGAGGAGCCACAGGAGCAGAAGGAGCCAGGGGAGCAGAGAGAGCAAAGCUUGGCUGAGAAGAGAGUCUUGUGCACCUCCUCCUUCAGCGAGCCCCCCUCCAACAGGAGGAACCACAGGAAGAGCGUGCAGUGGGCGCGCCGCCUGAGCCGUCUGGGGCCUCGGCCCACCCCGCGCUCCCUGGAGAGGACUAGCCACCAGCGCAAGGGCCUGCUGCCGCGAUCCGAGAGGCAGGAGCUGGCCGAGCUCGUCAAGAACCGCAUGAAAAAUCUGGGCCUAUCAACAGCAGGAUAUGAUGAAAUGAAUGAGAGUCUGAGCAGCUACUCGUACGUUUUACUCAACCCUUCUCCAGACACGAAACUGGAACUUAAUGACAUUGUGUACAUAAUUCGUCAGGAGCCUCUAUCCUUCGUGCCUAACACACCUGGAAGCAGGACGAGCAGUUUUGGCAACUGCCAGUGGAUAAGUGAGAACCCAGAAUUGGAAAGUCAGCUUUGAUCUAGUUGUAUUGUUUUAUGAUCUUUGUCUGGUAUAAUCGUUUGCCCGUGUCCCCACUCGUUUUCUGCACCUGGAAGUUGGGGUUAGAUGUGAAUCAAAAGUGUAAUUUGCCCCACAGAGGAGGCUGCUGCAGUGAGGGUGAAACUAUAGCUUUGUUACCUUGAUUAGUCAGUGUUUAUCAAUGUAUUAGAAGUGUUAUGUCUCCUAAAAACCUCUUAUAUACUACAUAUACUACAUUAAAGUGGCAAAGCUAACAUUGAGUUUGAGUUGGCCCUUUUGAUACAACAGUAAGACGGACAAAUAAUGGUCAAAUAAUACAAGAUACUUAUAGCAUCUUAAAUAUUCAUUGAAGAAGUAAUAUCCAACCAAGAAUGCAAACUUAUUUAUUAGGCAAAAUACACAAUGUCUGUGACACUGACACACAUAAUAACAACAUUAUUUACGUAUGUGUCCUAUUGACAAAAGACCAAGUUUUCCUUUGUCACAUUGCAUUGUACCUCAAUCACUGCAUAGCAUUCUAAUGUAUGCAAUAUAAGACCAUAAUACCAUAGCUGAUGAUAUAUGAGACUCCAGCAUGUUGCUUCAACAGACAUCCUCUGCCUCUUGAUUUCAUGCAUACAGCAGCAUAGUUGUGGCAGCUUCUAGAAAGAAAGAAUAAUGAGGAAGAUACAGAGGAGCAUGAGAUCACUCCGCAAUCAAUCAAUCAGUCGGUCAAUACAACUCCAGUUGUAUCCUGUAUUUGUAUCCACUAGGGAAAAGCUAUUUGUGAUUAGGUUCACAAGAAUCACACCAAUACAAUCACAUAUUCAUGUGUUGCAUGAAACAAAGACUCGUUUGUGAAUGAAUGUUUAAACCAGUGAUAGGAGAAAAUAAAUAUAUA